AUGGCGUGUUCUCUCCGUCAGUGCCUCCUGUCGUAUGGGGUAGCGGAGUCGGCGAUGUUGAGGGAGCAAGUUGAGGAGGAUGUUACAACGCCGGUUUCGGAACAUGAGGAAGAAGAAGAAGCAGCACCUACCACUCAUCUUCUCUCGCCAAGGGGAACAGUGCGGUUGAUAGAUGGAUACGAAAGUACGGGGCAUCGUGACACGCACUGCCUGUCACCUGAUUCCCGCGAGCGGGGUAGUUGGAUUUAUCACAGGCCCCCAAUCUACGGUUUGCAGGCGUUGAGCGAGCCCAAACGUUUCUGGCAGCUUGUAGUUGGUGCACUGUGCUGUUUUGUUGUUUCUUCUAGCUUUACGUUCAAUUUGUACAGUGGUCAGCUCCAGGCGAAAUUUAACUUUACACAGAACGAUAUAACGUCUAUCUUCACAGGGAGUGAUGUCGCAGGCAUUUUAAUGCUACCUCUUGGUGCCGUGUACGACAAAUACGGCGCCCGGCCUGUUUUCAUUCUCGCCCUGCUAACGCAACCUGUCGGUGCUAUCUUGCAGGCCCUAACUUACGAUGACUUUAUAAAGGGGAAUCUUUAUCUGUUCAUUUUUUACUCCGCGCUGCAGGCUGUGGGGACGUGGCUGCUUGACACGGCUGCCGUAAUGACUCUGUUAUCGAUUUUUCCUUCCGAUAAGGGGCCCGUGGUUGCGCUUUCAAAAGUGAUUACCGGAAUAGGGUACGGCGUCAUCGGUGCAAUUCACUCAGCGUUUUUCUAUGGAGGCGAGGCGAAGGACACCCGGAACUUCUUCAUCUUCCUUGCUUCCAUAGGCGUUGUUGCCACCGUUCUUGGGUACAUGUAUUUGGAGGAUCCACCCUAUGUUGUGAAGGGUUCUGAGGUUGAUACCAUUACCCGGAAGGAGCGAGUAACGCGGCGGCGACUGAGGAGAAUUUACCUUCGGCAGAGGCCAUCUGGUCUCCGAUUUGCCAUUGGGUUUGGAAUUGUAGCAGUUUUAAUGGUUUACUUGCCUGUGCAGGCCAUUGUUUCAAUGUACUUCAAUUUGGGACACCGGUACCGUGUUUCUUUUGCUUGCACUACCGUCGCAAUACUUGCCCUAUACCCUGUGAUGGCGCUGCCGCUUCAGUGUCUUGAGCGCUCUCAGUCUUUGAUACUUCCCAUGACAUCCACAAGGUGCUCAGAGCGUUCCAGUUGUGUGAGUCGAGCGGCGUCAGAGAGUGUGGGAAGUGUAGCUUGUGUUGACGACCUCGACUACAUGGCACCGCAGUUUCACAUUAAACUGGCUGACAACAUAAAGACACUUCGCUUUUGGGCUUUGAUGUGGACAAUGUUUUCGCUUUCCGGCGCUGAGGUUCUUGUUUUAGCUAAUAUGCGCUUUCUUUUAGCGGCGUUUGACGGGGGACUGCUAGCGGACACCUAUGUGGGAUACCUUCUCGUACUGACGUCGGUGGGCAGCGGGUUUGGUCGUAUUAUUUUGAGUUUGUUCGAGAUGGUUUCCCAAAACCGGUCGGCGGAGGAGCGUAUUCCCAUAACUGCGGCGCUGUUUGUGCCAGCUGUGGUUCAAGUUGUGGCUUUAUCACUAUUUUUUGUUCUUCCUGCUCCACUUCUUGCCAUUCCGUGUUUUCUUGUAUCGUUUGCUGGUGGUUGCAGCGCCGCCGCAUCCGUUAUUGUUGUGCGCACCAUUUUUGCUAGUGAUGUGGGCAAAUACUACAAUUGUAUUACCGUCGCCACUGUUGUUUCUUCUUUGUUGAUUAAUCGUGGUUUGUACGGUGAGGUUUACACCCAUGAGGCGAUGAAGGAGGGGAAAACCAUAUGUCUUGGAAGGCAGUGCGUGAUUUUGCCGAUUAUUGUUGUCCUUGUUGCCUGUGUAUCAUCCCUCCUUGCUGUUGGGUACAUCCAUCGGGAUUACAGUCAGCACUGUGAGCAUAUGUUCGAGUUACACAAGCAGAGGCAUGCGUCUAACGAGGCUCCCGUAAAGGCGGAUCACAUCGGCUUCAACUUCAAAAGAAGUGGAAAACAGAGUCCAGCAGGUGGUUCUGCAGCAAAUAUUUAG